CGACUGCUCAUGACACCGACACUAAUGAAAAGCUUUUUAGAAGCGUAACACGUGAGGAAGAGGUGCAACCUGGACUACAACGUCGACAGGCUGUGCGUAAAAGGCAUCUGUAUUCUCACUGACUAUAGAUGCCACAGUGUAACCACCGGUACAAGGAGGACCAGGACCGAUUUUCAAAAGCAGCAUUUGUUCUGUCUACUACUUCAGCCUUUGUACUCUCACUGAGUGGUGGCAGAGUAUAGUAGCCUAUACUGAUAAUUAGAAUCGGCUUGUCAGAUUAACCACUAUUACCAGAAGGAGAACUGAUACUAGCCGCACUUCACGACCAUGCAGUUGUCUUUGUAAAGACAAGCGAUAGUGGCUCAUUAAAAAUACGAAAUAUCUCCAGGAUUUCAGUUUAAUUGGGGUCCAAUUCAUCCAGGAGGAGGGAAAGCUGUGCUGUGACGGAGACCUCCGAUGAAAUGGUCAACAGCACUGAGGGCGCACGGAUUCCUCGCCUCAGCUCUGAGUAGACGACCUCCUACCGACUUAUUUCACGUCACCCCGCCCGUCUGCCUGCCGUCUCCUCCCUAAAACCUUCGCUGCGACCAGCCCUUUGAGCGACUCCGAGGAAAUCCAGUCUGAGGAGGGAAAGUGAGAGAGCCAAAACACACAUACUCCCAACAUCACCUAGACUACCUGCUCCAGCACAACAAGGGGAGGAGGACGCACAAGUGCAGGCGCGUCCAUGCGUGCCAGCCGAACAAGACAUUAAGCGGGCAGAGGACCACAAAUAAUAAAUUGGAAUAAUAGUUUACCUUGAGAACUCUUUGGAAAAGCGCACAGCUUUGCUACCAGAACAAGACAGCCUAAAUGAGUACAUGGUAAGAAGAGUCAUGCAUCUCAACAGAGAAGAAGAUACCAGCAAAGGCUCAGUGUCUCUUAGUGUGUUCCUGGUGUCUGUUGCGUUCCUAGUAUGUGCUGUUUGGCUGGUAGCUCUAUGUGGCGUUUGCACCUGGUGUCAACGGAAACUGGGCAAGAGGAAUAAACCGGGGGUGGAAGCUGCCAACUCUCCAGAUUCUGUGAGAGGUCGAGGGGAAAAUAAAGCCAUCAAUGAUUUAGACAGAGACUUUUGGAAUAACAAUGACAGCAGCAAUGUGCAACAGAGGUGGAGCUCCUACCCCCCCAAGGAGUUCCUGUUAAACAUGUCUCCAUAUGCUCCCUAUGGAGACCCUCGCCUCACGCCCAAUGGGGCCGUGGAUAAGGGUGGGCAGGGCGGUGCUGGACCCUCACCGGGGGCCAGUGACAGCGGGGGUGGUGCUUGCUCUGGGGCAGGGCCAAGUCGCAGUGACAGCGUCCGGAGCAUGGUGACAGGGGGCAGCAAGGCCGGGCGCUGGCAGACGGUCCAGAGCCACAUGCAUGCCGGAGGCCUGCGGUUUGGCAACUUCGGGGACGCUUCCCUGUCUUCUGCUUCCACCCUGGAGCACAUCCCAUCCUCAGCCGUGGCACGCCCUCGGCCCCUGGUCCGGCAGCAGAGCCUCCAACAGCCCCUCACUCACCAGCCCCCUCCGGGUCCCAACGACCCUCCAGUCACUUCACAGAGCCUGGGCCAGCUGCACACGGGGCCAGGGGGCGGGGGCCCCCGUGGGGGUCCGAGGGGGGUCCGGGGGAGUCCGGCUGGAGCCUCCCGGUACAGAGGAACAGGGGCAGGUCGGUCGAGGUCAAAUCCAGGCAGCUGGGACCACAUGGUGGAGCAGAUCCGCCACAGAGGGCUGGACGUCAAGUCGUUCUUUGAGGGGAAGAUGGUUGUUCUGUCUCUAGCAAUCGGGCUGGCUGAACAGGAUGACUUUGCCAACCUCCCAGAUCUACAGGAAGCACCAGCCAGCAAAGAAAAUGAUACCACGCCAGAAAAAAGAACUCCAGGAAACAAACCUGGCAGCAGCCCCAGAGGUCAGACCCCGGAUGAGACCGGCCGCCGCCAUGAUGCCAACUCUUCUGUCUCUGACUUGGCCAACUCAGUCACCAGUGACAUGCUCAUGUUGUCACCAGGCUCGGAGGAAGAGGAACAUGAGGGUCCGGUGUGUGAGAAGCUGGGUCGUAUUCAGUUCAGCGUUGGAUACAGUUUCCAAGACUCCACCCUCACUGUCAAAAUUCUCAAGGGCCAGGAUUUGCCUGCUAAGGACUUUUCCGGCACCUCUGAUCCAUUCGUCAAACUCUACCUGCUGCCAGACAAGAAGCACAAACUGGAGACCAAAGUCAAGAGGAAGAAUCUGAACCCCCACUGGAACGAGACAUUCCUGUUUGAAGGGUUCCCCUAUGAGAAGGUGGUCCAGAGGACGCUAUACCUGCAGGUUCUUGACUACGAUCGCUUCAGCAGGAAUGACCCUAUCGGGGAGGUGUCCAUCCCCCUCAACAAACUGGACCUAGCCAACAUGCAGACUUUCUGGAAGGAGCUGAAACCUUGUAGCGAUGGCAGCGGAAGUCGAGGGGAUCUGCUGGUGUCUCUGUGCUACAACCCCACAGCCAACACCAUCACUGUGAGCAUCAUCAAAGCCCGCAACCUCAAAGCCAUGGACAUUGGAGGCACUUCUGACCCCUAUGUAAAAGUGUGGUUGAUGCAUAAGGACAAACGUGUGGAGAAGAAGAAGACAGUGGUAAUGAAGCGCUGUCUGAACCCUGUUUUCAACGAGUCCUUCCCCUUCGACGUGCCUGCCCACGUGCUGAGGGAGACCACCAUAAUUAUCACCGUCAUGGACAAGGACAGACUCAGUCGCAAUGAUGUCAUUGGAAAGAUUUAUCUUUCAUGGAAGAGUGGCCCUGCUGAGGUAAAACACUGGAAAGACAUGAUGGGCCAUCCUCGCACUACCGUGGCCCAGUGGCAUGCUCUCAAGGCCUGAGGGACCCAGCUAACCAACCUGCCUACAGUGUUUUCUCUCUCCACAACUCAGCAUCAGCCUCUCAGCCUCUGUUCUCAGCACAUAUUCCCUGCUCUCUAAAUGCAGCGUUGUGCUGCAGACCAUCUCCAUCCGUGUCGUCUCUUUGUUCUCAGGCUUCUUUGAUAUUCCUUGCCCUCAGUCCUCGUGACACCGUCCUUAAAUUUCACUGUUGUCAAAUUCUGAUUCCCACUAGACCCCAACAUCCCUCACCUCUCAUCCGUUUGUCUGAACUUAAAAAUGUCUUUGAUGUCUUUCCUUACUUCCUACUUGUGUCCUCUUUCUGUGAGAUGUUUUCUUUUUUUUUUCAUCAUCUUGUCAACUCUUCGCAGUGUCCAACAUCAGAGCAGGACCUCUUGCCGACCUUGAACACCAACCAAAAAUGGAUCAAACUCAAAUUCCAGCCAUCCGCUGCGGUGGCAAGACGAGCUGCGUUCAAACAUACACCUGAGUGUGAAAGUCACUGACCUGAGAAACACCAUCCACCACCCACACCCGGUGAUGCAGUGAGGAACCCUCCACUCUGCUCCUCGCCUUCUUCUCCGAGUCCUCCUUUCCUGUCCCCGUCCCUCCGUACCCUCCAAAUGCCUGAAAAAUCAGGAAAACCGACAGGCAAUGGAAGAGUGAUGGGCUGUAUUUAGAAAUUACUAGCACCGGACUCUCACUCAACUCAUGUUUGAUCUUUUUCACUUUUCACUCUUACUCUGGUACCACUGUAAUAAUUCUCCCUUUGGCUGGAACCCUUUGUCGUCUGUGCGUGCUGUGGGUGAUGUGCUGUAACCCCGAAUGAAGUUCUCCAACAAAAAAGUAAAAGAAAAAAGGAUACGAACACGAACAUUUAACGCUGGUCUGAUAGGCCAUGUGUAAAAAAACAUACUUUCCUAUUUUCUUGGAAAAGAAACCCAGAUGGACAGAAAAAAACAGUAAAGUGAUUAAUGUGGUGUUUUAUUUUUUGGUUUGAAAACAACUUAGAGAAUCAACCUGUUCUUCCAGACACUGAAAAUAAGCAAAAAGCAGCUUCCAUACGUGUGGAAGUGUGGAAUAAUGUGUGUGUAUGUGUGUUUGUUGUGUGUGUGCAUGAGGGAGUAUUGUGGACUUGCACAGCUAAGUUAGAGAUAUUGUUGAAAAUAAAAAUUUGCCCUUGAUAGUGUUGGUAGAAUAGCUAGAAUCUGUGGUGUUGAUGUUAGGUGAACAUGUGGGAGAAGGUCAACGAAGUUAAAGGGUCAGUACGUCCAGAUCACAGACAGUGCUUUCUAACAUACCCUUACUAGUAUCGACUAGGACAGACAGUUAAUAUGUAUAGGUUACCGCUUUCCUUUUGACACGGAUUUCUGAAAUAACAGGAAGAUGUCAUUCAUACUGCCUUUCUCAGAAGUGUCACCGAUGGUAAGGUGGCGCGGUCUUAUCAGCUGAUGUUACCGAGGAAACAGAUAUGAUCUUUUGUAAUAGCUGCUGCUGCCCCAACUUUAAUGGAGAUCAAUAGGUUUUCAUUGUGAUUUGGAAGCUCCACAAACCCCACAGUGUGUGGUUUUCUGUGGCACUAGAGCAAUCUUUCCUCAGUAACCAAGUAUUUGCGUAUACUGCGUGCGAAAGACAGACAACGUGCAAUAUUAUCGUUUCUACGGUUGAAUGAAGAUCUGCACUUAAUUUUGUGAUUUGGGUGAACUGACAGUUUACUAAUUCAGGCAGUAAAGGAUCAACUUCAUCUAAAUUACGCUAUCACCCCCGUUAGAAUGUGUCUCUCUUGAUCUGUGUAUUAAACAUUUAAUAAGCAUUCCAAGAUUGUUUUUAAAUUUAAUUUACACCAGAGCACUUUUAGUAUGAAGCCAGUAUUUGGUGGUUUGAAUUCCGUACAGGUCAGUCUUCCAGUUGCUUCACUGCCUGAAUGUGACCCUUCUCAUGUCCUGUAUAGAUGCUUGCUGACUGGGUGAAUGGAAACUAACGAGAGUAAUAAUAUCUGGGGGGAAAGUCUUUUUACAUUCCACUGUUUGUUAUUUAUUUUUUUUUAAUUAAUUAAUUUAUUUAUUUAUUUGUCUAUUGGAUGUGUGUAUGUGCGUUUGCGUCGUGGGUGAGUGUCAAUAUUUGAAGUUUAGUUGUGUGAUUGUAUUUCCUGUGAGUCCCCCUGUGUAUAUCUGCACUAAGUUCUAUUUUGCCAGUUUAAUACAGAACAGCAUUGUUUACUGUUUUUAUUCUGUAUGAACCAGAUGUACAAAGAAAUAUGUUUUUUUAAAAGCUGUCUUUAAGGAUCACUGCACUUGUUGACAACGAUGCUGGAACAAACCUCUCUUCAUAGCAGAGUUAGCUUAACGGGGAUGUUUGGUUUGGGAGUAGGGAAAUCUCUUGUAUGUGAGCCGAGAGUCAAGGUCAUAGGAAAAAUGUCACAAGCAACCUUUACACGAGAUAAAAUCAUUUUUAUUUGACCAUCAUGCACCAGAUCUUUAGUUCAGACCGAAGCAGCUAGCAACAUUUUGUCCUUAAUGUUCUCUCUGUCCUUCCUAUCUGGUCAGAUCUGAUUCACCGGGGCCAAAAAAGAACGAAGGGCGGCUCCUUAACAUCACAGCUGACGCUUCCACAAAACACCCCCGCUGUGCACACAUGCUUUCUGGCACAAAGUGUUCUGUGUGUGCCUUAUAAACCCCGCCACGCCUUGUUCUUCACCAUAUGCGCUCCCUCUCCAAGUGUCAGGGAGCGGGGAGGAAAAAAAGGUGAGACAGGAGAUAAUCGUCACCUCUUUGCAUCACCUUUAGCUACGUCUCAGGUCAGAACAGAGCAUCGAGCGGCCCAAAAUAACCAGGAACAUAGUCAUCCGUCUGUCCUGAUGGCCCUGUGUGUUAAACAAGGGGGUUCUUUCCAAUGCUGCUGACAAAGCAUUACAUUCCAGAGGCUUAGUGAAAGUCAAAUCGAUGCAACUUAAAUAUUGGUUAAAGUUAAGUCAGGGUUUGGUAUAUUUUUUUAAGAAAUCGAGCUAAAAUCGUCUUUCUACACUCCUCACUGGCCAAAUACCACACACUGGUAAAGUUUACUGUACGAGCUCGCAUUUCUGUUUUAGGGCAUUCUCUUAAGGGACUGCUUGAGUCAAAGAGAGGUUAACCAGCAACAUUUUCAUUUAAUACUGUACAAAUGAUUGUGAAGUGUCCCGUAUGAAAAAAAAAAAAGACAGAAAAAAAUAAUUAGUAUUUACUGGGGUUGUCGAUAUCUGUCUGUUGUUGGUAUCACUAACCCCUCUCCCUCUUACUUUCACUCCCUUUUCUCUUUGUAGUUACACAUCCGUGGGGUGCACAAUGUUAAAUAUCAACCAUUUAUUUUUUUGAACUCUGUACAGUGUAUAUAGUAAUAUAAAUGUGUAUAUAAAACAAAGAUUCUUCUGGUCUGGUA